CCGCUCUCGCUUCCUACCACCAUGGCCAUCUACGGCCUCUGGGUCAUCAACAAAGCCGGCGGCCUCGUUUACCAGAGGAACUUCGCAGAUGGACUAGCGCAGCUCACGUCAAACGAGUAUCUCGUGCUGGCUGGUACUUUGCACGGUAUACACGCUAUCACUAGUCGGUUGUCGCCCAUGGGGUCGAGCUCGGGCGCGCAAGUGAUCGAGGGGGAAUCGUUCAAGAUGAACAUAUUCCUCACUCAGACGGGCACUAAAUUUGUACUGUUAACGUCUCUGGCGGAAACCUCCGCGGACUCGAUACUCCAGAAGGCGUACGAAGCCUACGGCGACACGGUCAUGAAGAAUCCCUUCCAUACCCCCGAAAUGCCUAUACGAAGCGAUGGCUUUGACCAGCGCAUCACCGCGCUGAUAGGGAGCGGUAUAACGUCCUAGUGGGCGGUGACACCGUGAUAGCAUGUCAGACCCUUCAUAAGAGCGACUGCCUAACGCUACCGCCAUGAUGUUGACUUGCGUCUUCAGGGCAAUUGGUUCCCUCUCGUAUGCUCGCUCGUUACCCUCUUGCUCGGAUGGCAGAGCCGCUUCGGUAGAACGAUGAUCACUCAAUUGAACGCAGAUCACCUUUGCCUGUCUCUCGACUGUACUUUUACCGUGUAUAAUGCCCUCAACUUACCAGCCUUGUUGGCGAUCUGGAGUCACGUUGUAUCCUUCCCAGGCUGGCUCGACUCGAUUCUUUCAUCUAUCCACCAUCUGUUAGGCGCCGGGCUGCCCACUAGUAAGAGAAUAUGGCCGCUCCUCCGACCUGC